UUUAGCAGUUAUAGCAUGCUUGGCCCCAAAAUAGAGUAAUUACCAAAAAAGAAAACAAAAAAAGGGGGAAAUUUAUAGCUGAAUUUUUCCAAAUUGAGACUUGAAACAGUUGGUAGAAAUGGGAAGCAUUUCUCAGCUUAACAUGGUCAAUGAAGAAAGCGCUGCAGAGCUAUUUCGUGCUCAAGCACAAUUAUUAAAUCAAAUUUUAAACUUCAUCAACUUCGGAUGCCUUAAAUGUGCUACCCAACUUGGUAUACAUGAAAUCAUCCACAGCCAUGGAAAACCCAUGACUCUUUCUCAGCUUAUUGCUGCAUUACAAAUCCACGAUUCCAAAGCUCCUUUUGUUUUCCGUCUUAUGCGUGUUUUGGUCAGCUGCGGCUUCUUUCAUGUCCAAAACCUCGGCGAAAGUGAUGGAGAGGAAGCUUAUACUCUUACUAGUACCUCUAAGCUGCUUCUUAAGAACAAUCCUUUAAGCCUAGCACCCUUUUUAUCCCUCAUUCUCCACCCCACUGUGAUUCAACCAUGGCAAUGUCUAAGCACUUGGUUCCAGAAUGAUGAUCCUACGCCGUUCGAAACGGCGUACGGUAAGCCAUUUUGGGAGUGUGUUGGCCAUAACUCGGAGCUCAACAACAGCUUUAAUGCAGCCAUGCAAAGUGACUCUCAGUUAAUAACGACUGAGUUGAUUGAGAAGUGCAAAGGGGUAUUUGAGGGAUUAGAGUCAUUGGUCGAUGUGGGAGGAGGUACCGGAGCUGUGGCCAAGGCCACUGCAGAUGCAUUUCCUGAUAUGGAGUGCACUGUAUUUGAUCUGCCUCACGUGGUUGGUGAUUUGGAAGCAAGCAAAAACUUGAAGUAUGUUGGAGGGAACAUGUUUGAGACGAUUCCUUCCGCAGAUGCUGUUUUGCUGAAGUGUACACUCCAUGAUUGGAAUGAUGAAGAAAGUGUCAAAAUACUUCAGCUUUGCAAAGAGGCAGUUACAAGCAAUGGAAAAAAAGGAAAGGUGAUUAUAAUAGAAAUGAUUAUUGAGAAUGGUCACAACAGGAGCAAUGAAGUUUCAACUCAGACACAGCUAUUCUUUGACAUGCUGAUGAUGACCUUGGUCACUGGAAAAGAAAGAACUGAGAAAGAAUGGGCUAAAAUCUUUACUGAUGCAGGUUUUAGAUCCUAUCAGAUAAGUCAUAUCUUGGGCUUAAGGUCCCUCAUUGAAGUUUACCCUUAGUAAGCUUCUGCAGGUUGCUUUUCUACAGCAUGUGAAGUGAGCUCAUAAUUAUAUAUGCAUAAUGCAUACAUAUGUCUACUUCUGUAUACUUUAAUUUUAUAUAAUAAAAAUUGAGUUUUUUCCAAUUAA